AUGGAAAACGACCGAUCAUUGUUGCUCCGGGAACUAUUUAACAAUCCAAGGACCAUUCUAAAAGAAUUAAUUAGAGGGGCCCGAUUACCGUUAAAUUAUUUAGAUACAAUUUAUCACAGUGAUUUCGAUGAACAAAAUUUUGAUAUGAAAGAUGGAACAUUUUUGUCAUGUUCAAUCAAGGAAGUUGCUGGCCAGAUCGGCUUAAGUCCUGGUGAACUAAUAAAAUAUCCACGAAUUAAGCAACAAUCAAUUGUUCUUUUUUGUAUUUUCAGUCGUGGAAAACAUCAACAUCGAUUGAAUCCAAAUGAUCAUGUACGAGUGUUAUAUGAUGACGCACAGUUCUAUGGGGUAAUAUUGGAUAUAUUUAAUUCAAAAACUAAUAAAUGGAGAACGGUUUUUGAUCGUCGAGAAUAUGCAUUUGAAUGGGUGAUGGUUCAUCGCAUAUUCAAAAGGUAA